GACAGAGUCGUCGUCUUCAAGAGGAAGGGUGAUAAAGGAAAACGUAAAGGGAUUUUUUUAAUUCAUCCGGUACGCUUUGUGCUUAAUUUGUCACAGUGGAGUGGAUAAGAGAAUACGAAACAAGCUUGAAGUGGAUUGAUCUGCUCGGAAGGCAGAAGUUAAUCUCGAUAAAAAUCAGGAUAGAUAGCAUCCGCAAUGUUGAGGCGCGGGUUGAGUCGCGAGCCUUCCACGGGGGCCACGCACAACGGGUUGAAGUUGAAAGCCUUGAAAACCUUGGAAUCGAAAGGUGAGGGAUUCCAUUGAGUGGCGACAAGCCUUCUUGUAGAAGAAGCGUGUCUCUGGUAUUUGAUUCGGUUUAUCUGCUCGCCCGUUGAGAUUAACCCUCGAAACCAAGAUGGCAUCUACGAGUCAAGCUGCUGUCACCGCGAGUUCCGCCGGCUCAACGAUCGGCCCUCCGGGAGUUUCCGUCUCGACGAUAAUCCCCUUGGCCAAGUCGCAGACCCCCCCGGUCGCAAUGUCGUCCCAGCCCCAGCAACCCAAUCAACAAGGAAAUAAUUUCGAACCUCUUGAUAAAAGUUCUUCAAACACGCUCAAGCGUAACCCAAAAAUGGAAUUAAGCAAGACGGACUUGCUAAAGUUGCUAGGAUACUUGGAGGGCGAACUUCAAGCAAGAGACAUUGUUAUAGCAGCUCUGAAAUCGGAGAAAAUGAAGCAUUUGCUGAGUUCUCGAUAUCGCAGUGGCACUUCCGAUCCUCACUCAGCACUUGCGAGAGAUUUAGCCAUAGUUGGAGGAACAAUCGGACUACAAGGAUGUCAGGCUGAUCAGCAAGCUGCAAGCUUGGAAGCUCUUAUUGCCCAACAAAGGCGCAUGCAGUGUCGUAUGGCCAAAGUUCUUAAAGAAGCUGAAAUAAGGCAUCGAGCAGUAAUCAAAGAACUAGAAGAGGAGAAGAGGAAGCACGAGCAUGAUACAGCUCAAGGCGACGAUAUUACCUACGGCCUCGAGAAGGAGAGAACACGCUUAAAAAAGGAAUUGGAGUUAGAAAAAGCAGACAAGAAGCGAGUGGAACAAGAUAUGAAGAAGCUCAGUGACACUCUGGACGAAGAGAAAAGUCGACAGAAGCAAAUAGUUCUGUUAUUGCUCGCCGAGAGGAAGAAGAUAAUAAUGAAGUAUAUAGAAGAGAGAAAGAGGUCUGAGGACUUGGCUCAAAUUUUGAGCGAGGAGAAGGUCCGCAUUGAUUCUAUGGCUGAAGGCUUGGAAGAGGAAAGUAAAAAGUCGCUGCAGAUGGAGGCAGAGUUGGAGAAGCAGCUUGCACAGUUUGAUAUUGAGAGGCAGCAGUGCAGACAAGCAUUGGCGAAAGAAGAAAAGAAGGCCAAGGAUCUGGAGGCGGAAUUGGAGAAGCUGAAGGCGGAAAUGGAAACGUGGAAAGACACGCAGGCCCGAGGGCUUUUGCGAACUGUCGGUGUCACUCCACCACCACCCCCUGCAAAGCCCGCCAAUUUGGCAGCCAUGCCAACUCUUAGACCUGCGACUGCUCCUCAAAUUAAGGGAGCGGUUUUAGGCACUGGGACUCCAAUGGUCAGCAGUAAAGUCGUUCAGCCUACGGCUACGGUUUCUAGCGUACCUGUUAGUGGUCCCACAACAGGAAUUGCUAGAUCGGUAACUCCUGGACAAGCGAUACGAGGUGCUGCCUUCACACCCAGUAUCCCCACGUCAAUUACGGAAACACCAGCACCCACCGAGGCUCAGGCUGCACACAAACGACCGGUUGUUCCGGCUCCUAUGAAUCCUGCUGUCCCGACAAAGGUCGUUCCAGCGUCGCAAACACCAGGAAAACUUCCAGUAUUUAGUAUUGGCGCUGCACCAGUUUCACCAACGCCAGGAAUAUUGCCAGCGAAAAAACCACCUGUGUCACGUGGAGUUCCACCACCUGUUCCGCCAAACAAACCUGUGGUGCCGCCGAAAAAAGAAGCUGCCUACCUCCGGAGGACUGAAUCCAGCCAGUUGGCAACGGAUGCUGUUAAAUUUGGGAAACCAAUUAUUCCCAAUGCUACUAACAUUCAAGCCCAACAACCCAUUGCGGUUCCUACUACUCACUCCACAGAAGAAGAGGUCAGUAAUGCUAUUUAAACUCAAAGAUCAAUGGUGAGAUAAUUGUUAUUAAGGACGUAUGAAUGCAUUUCACAAAGAGAUAUCUUUUAGAUUGUGAAUAAAGAUUAAUUAUAAGUGCGAAUAGUUAAUUUAGGACAAAAGGCUUCUGAUUAAUUUCUUUACUUGACAUAAUUAUGAAAUUUGAUAAUUUUUUCGCAACAGUUGACAAAAUACAAGGUUAUUUUGUAGGUAUUAAAUUGUCCAAAAAUGGUUUUCCCCUCAACUUAUUUUUUUCAACGACGACCGACAAAUUAUUAGUGUAAAUAUUUAGAUUGGUUGGAAAAACAUUAUUUUUUAGGGCAAAAUUAAUUUGAGGUUAAUUAAAUCAGCUUGCGAUAAGAGAAAGUUGGAAGAAGAUUCAUCAACGAAAACCAUUUGUACCAUUUAGUCAUAUGGUAGAUAGUAUUUUUAUACACUAAUUUGCGCGGCUCAAAAGAGACCAUUUUAUAUGAGCCGUCCGCAACGACUCUAAUGUCUAGAUUAAUUAAUAAAAAUAUGAUUCGUCAUUUACCCAAUUUAAUGUUAGCAGAUACUAGUUUUUCUUGAUCAGCUUUAGAGUACUAUAACGGACUGGAUGAUUCCUAAAGAGUGGUAGAUAAAAUAGGGAUUGAAAAAA